UUGUCAAUCGAUCACACAUGCGCACUGACGAUUUGGUAAGUUGACGUUUAUUGUCAAAGGGGCGUACAAAUUAUCAACAAAACAGUCGCCAUUUUGCAAAAAUUGUAUUAUCGAAAUAGAGGAUUUCUAUAUAAAUCCAAAACAUCCAAGGUUUUUUCGAAAGCGUAUCGAAAGUAAUGUGUCUGUGAUAUAUAGAAAAAAUUCGUAAAAACGAUAUUUUUAUCAUAACUGAUAUGUGUUAGAAUUGUCUUUGUGUUAUUAUUAAGGGGAUUACAAAAAGCAAUUGAGAGAAGAAGGACCUAUUGUUAAGUUAAUUAAAAAUGAGUUCUAAGGAUGAUGAAUAUGAUUAUUUGUUUAAAGUUGUUCUGAUUGGAGACUCUGGGGUAGGAAAAAGUAACUUAUUAUCAAGAUUUACUAGAAAUGAAUUCAAUUUGGAAUCUAAAUCUACUAUAGGAGUUGAAUUUGCUACUAGAAGCAUACAGGUGGAUGGCAAAACGAUAAAAGCACAAAUAUGGGAUACCGCGGGACAGGAAAGAUACAGGGCAAUCACGGCAGCUUACUAUCGUGGAGCGGUAGGAGCUCUUCUCGUGUAUGACAUCGCUAAACAUUUAACGUACGAGAAUGUAGAACGUUGGUUGCGCGAAUUACGCGACCACGCCGACCAGAACAUCGUCAUCAUGUUGGUGGGUAACAAAUCCGAUCUGAGGCACUUGCGGGCGGUGCUUACCGAAGAGGCGAAGGCAUUCGCCGAAAGAAACGGUCUCUCGUUUAUUGAAACUUCCGCUCUAGAUUCGACCAAUGUCGAUAUGGCAUUCCAGAAUAUACUCACAGAGAUCUAUAGAAUUGUUUCCCAAAAACAAAUAAGGGAUCCACCAGAAGGUGAUGUAAUCCGACCACAAAAUGUAGAACCAAUAGAUGUAAAACCAACUAUGAAUUCCGAUGGCGUACGCAAGCAGUGUUGUCAGUAAUAAUCAAAUCUUAGCAAUAAAAUGCAUGUUACACUAAAUACAGAUUUCAGCAGGUAGUGCCGCCUUGUCCAAUUCACUGUGACUAAUUAAGUUUCUUUUAUGUAAUUUAAAGUAUUUUGAGAGCCUGUACACUUCUCUAUUAGCUGAAAUUGUGCUGUGACAAUGCGGAAUAUCAACUUUUUAAUUUGCUGUGCACUUAGUACGCUGUCCAUUAUGAUUUUGUACAUUAUAUUCUUCGUUUGAUACAUUGAAUAUAUAUAUGGAAAAUAUAAUUAACGAAAGGUUUAGUUUAUGUUUAUUGUAUUGUCUUAAAAAGAAGACAAUACUUAUUGUAUUUAUAUACCUGGUGCAUAUUUAUUGUUAAUUCUGUUUUAGAUUACUUUUCCGGUAUUAAAAUAUACAACUAAUAUAUUUCUGUUUUUCGUUAGACAAAUGUAGCAUGACUGGUCUGCUGUGAUAUCAGUAUAAAAAGAUUUUUCAAAUUCAUAUAUUUAUUAUAUUUUUAGGCCGGUACUGUCAUUUCUUACUGGCACUUGAAAUUGCGCUAAUCUAGUUAGUUCCUAAAAAAAUUAAUUACCACCCAAAAACUUCUUUAUGAUUUACCUUUUUUUUUUUUUCAGUUUUCAGUCUAAAGUUUAACAAAAUGUUAUUUGCUCAGUUUAUUGGAUAAAAACUAAUAAUAUGUAUUUUAAAAAGAGUCAACUGAAUUUUGCUCCAUCUUUUACUGCCUAAACUUUUAAAUAUGGUAGAGUGAGCAAAUGAUAUUCAGAAGUAACUUAUUGACUGAAUUGAACUCCAUUAUCAACAUUUUUUUGUACAAAAAAUAAUAUUAAAAUCUUUUUGUAGUUGCAAUCUCAAGCAAUAUCCAGUGGUUUUAAGUUUUGCUAUAUUAAAUAAUAUAACAUUAACAGAAAAUGUACUACAGUUAACCAUUCUUCAAUUUUUAAAUAAAUAAAUAAAUUGACUGUUAGAAAAUGCAAAAUCGAAUAUUACAAUCAAUUUAUACAAUUUAGAUAAGUUCUAUGUAACAUUUUCUAAUUUUUGGAUGAAGAAACGUUUGGAAAAUAACAAAAUGUUACACCGAGGCUACAGCUUUACAAAGAAAAGCAUUUAUAAAUGCUAGAUCUUUGGAGUUAUUUCAAUUUGAAAAAGUCUACUUAAAAUUUAAAUUGUAUAAAUUGAAAUUUCUAUUUGAAAAAUCGUAUCACACCAAAGAUAAGAAAGCUAUAUCUAUUCUUGUCAAUUUCCUAUACGGUGUGUACUGGUUAUUUGUAUGUGAUUUUUUUGUAGGUAUGUAAUUUCUGAUUGUAGACUUAUUCAUGAAAAGUGUAGAUAACUUCUGUUACAUAGGCCAUACCAAUUAUUAUUUUAUUUGGAAGUCUUCAUAAAAUGGUAUAAUUGUUGUCAACUGUAAUAUAAGCUUCUUUAUUAAAAUUAUUAUAUAUUUAAUUUUUAAAUAAAAUUUCUGUAA